AUGCCGCCGUCGGUUUGGGGCGGAGAGCACCUCCACGUCGGCCUUCACUCCAAGCUCGAGGGGGAACACGCCAAGCUGGAGGGGUUGGAGCGCAUCAGAAAGGCCAGCUCCCUGAGCACCGACGAGCUCCUCUCACGGUGCUUCCCCUCCGGCACGAAUGGCAAUGGCGCUCCCCCCUCGGCGGAGUGUACCAUGGUGGACCUUGGGUGCGGGUACGGGGGCACUGCGAGGGUGGCUACCAAGAAGCUUGGCUGCAAGGUGGGUCGCUACAAUGCUGCUUGCUGUGAUGUUUACCAAAUGCCCAGGGUAGAAGAUCAAAGGAGGGGGCGCGGAGGAAACGGGAUGUUGCUCACUUGUCUUAUAGCGGGGCAAGGCUUGGGAGCAUGUGUCAUGUCUGAUUGAUGUCUGGUGUCGCGCCAUCCCCUCGCAUGGUGGUUUCGUUCUUCCUAUCUCGUUUGUUCUUGCCACCAGGUGGUGUGCAUCAACGUUUCGAAGCGUGAGAACGAGACGAACGUCGCCAUGACCAAAGAGGCCGGCCUCCAAGACAGG